AUGGGGCCCAAGCACCGGGAAGAGACUCCGGGCCCCAGGGCCAGUGGGCUGACCCACGAGGCGCACAGCAAGGAUGUGGAGCAGGUGUAUCUGCGCUGCUCAGCUGGCUCUGUGGAGUGGAUGUACCCGACCGGGGCCCUCAUCGUCAACCUGCGGCCCAACACCUUCUUGCCAUCCAGACACCUCACGGUGUGCAUCAAGCCCUUCAGGGACUCCUCAGGCGCCAAUAUUUACUUGGAAAAAACUGGAGAACUGAGACUGCUGGUACAGGACGGGGCCAGCGAGGCUGGCCAGGUGCAGUGUUUUGGCCUGCAGCAGGGUGGCCUGUUUGUGGAGGCUACACCCCAGCAGGACAUUAGCAGGAGGACCACAGGCUUCCAGUAUGAACUGAUGAGCAGACACAGCAGCCCUGACCUGCACGCGCGCUCUGCUCCGUGCAGACCUUGCAGUGACACAGAGGUCCUCCUUGCUAUUUGCACCAGCGACUUCGUGGUCCGUGGCUCUAUCCAGGAUGUCACCCACGUGCCAGAGCACCAGGAGUCCAUCAUCCACCUGAAGGUGAACAGACUCCACCGGCAGAAGAGCAGGGUUUUCCAGCCAGCUCCCGAGGGCAGUGGCCCCUGGCAGGGCCUGGUCACAACACUGCUGGAAUGUGGUGUGCGGCCAGGGCCCGGAGACUUCCUCUUUACUGGCCACGUGCACUUUGGAGAGGCCCGGCUUGGCUGUGCCCCGCGCUUUAGUGACUUCCAAAGGAUGUACAGGGACGCAAAGGCGCAGGGGCUGAACCCCUGUGAGAUCAGCACAGAGUGACUGCAGGGUGGCCACGGGCGCUUUCUGCCCUCUCCUAAUGUGCCAUCGCGCGAAUCCUGGUGUGGGCCGCAGGCUGGCGCUGAAGGCCAGGGGCUCAGCCUGGCCUAGUUCUCAAGCCUCGGAGGUACAAGCUGCCCUGACCCCAGGAGGGCCCAGCCACGGGUGCCCAGACCGAUGUGGAAAUGCUGUGAAGUGCAAACUAAGUUAUUAUAUUUUUUGUAAAAAAGAAAUGUGCAUAGGAAACAAACGCGUGUUGAAGAUGCCUUGGCGGCCACGUCCUGCACUUUCAAACUGUUUGGUGUGGGUGUCACUGGGGAUGGGCCGGUGACGGCGAUGGUCACCAGGCUUUGGGGAAGGCUCAGUACCCUCCAACGCCGUGACAGAGGGAACACAUUUUUUCUCUCAUUUGGUUUUGCUCUUAAGGAAUGAGCUUUGCAGCUGCGGUCCUCCUGGGCUGCAGGCGGGUUCUAUCGCAGAGAAUAAAG